AUGGCAAAAUCUGCCACAAUAGGGGAGGUAGAUCAGAUCAAGAAUGAUUUGGGCAGUCAAAACCUCAAGAAUGAGGCUGGAGAGGAAUUCUCUGUUCCAAUCUCGGUCAACGCCGAGAAAAGGCUAGUGCGCAAGAUCGACAUGAUGGUCUUGCCGCUCAUGGUCUUUGCCUACAUGAUGGCCUUCCUGGACAAGCAGACCCUGAACUACGUCGCGCUGAUGGAAAUGCGAGAAGACCUGCACCUAGUGGGACUGCAAUAUAACUGGUCCUCAAGCGUAUUCUACUUUGGAUAUCUAUUUUUCUCGUGCGCAAUCUCUCACAGGAUAUCCGGCAUCACUUUUGAUGGUCAAAUUCCCUCUGGGAAAAUAUCUCGCGAUCAACCUGUUCAUUACCCGCCUGUACUCCUCAAUUUCAUCGUUCAACUUCUAACACAAGUUAGCAUGCUCUGGGCUAUCAUCCUAGCAUGCCACAGAGCCACAAACAACUUCGCCGACCUCAUGGUAGCCAGAUUCUUCCUGGGAUGCUCCGAAGCAAGCCUGUCCCCGGGCUUUACGCUCAUUACCUCUCUAUGGUAUCGAACGUCAGAGCAGCCACUGAGACAUGGAAUAUGGUUUGGCGGGAACUCACUCUCUAUCAUUCUGGGAAAUCUCAUCGCGGCGGGGAUUUGGCAUAUACGGGAUGGUCUGCGGCCAUGGCAGUGGCUCUUUAUCAUCUUCGCAAUUGUCACCUUUCUCUGGGGACUCAUCCUGUUCUUUCGUCUUCCGGACUCGCCUACAGAUGCCAGUUUCCUUACUCAGGAGGAGAGACUUAUUGCGACUGAGCAUCUGAAGGCGAAUCAGACCGGAUACAAGAAUAUCCAUGUGGAGCGAGCACAGAUCUUUGAGGCUUGCACCGAUGUCAUGACAUGGCUUCUUGCUGUCUUGGUUCUGUCCAAUAAUAUUCCUAAUGGGGGAUUCACAGCGUUCAAUGGGCUUGUGCUCAAAGGCUUCGGAUAUACUACCUUCCGCACUCUGCUGCUCGGCAUGUCAGGCGGUGCCGUAGUGCUGGUAUCCGUGGUGAUAGGGGCAGCGAUAUCUUCCAAAUUGCCGAACAGCCGGUGCAUGGUUAUUGUGACCAUGAAUCUGGUCGGCAUGCUUGGAAGCGCCUUGGUCUACGCCACCUCGUCAAUCGCCUCCCGCUAUGCCGGCCUUCUCCUCAUGGGAGUAUACUCCAGCGCAAGGCCCGUCUCCAUGGCCAUGAUCAGCUCCAAUGUCGGUGGAUUCACUAAAAGGGCUACCGUCAACGCAAUCUACUUCAUGUACUGUGCGGGUAAUAUCAUUGGCCCGCAGCUCUUUUUCGAGCGGGAGGAGCCCGGAUAUCAG